AUGGAUGGAGUAGGGAUACCUAGUUCCAUGUAUGGGGAUCCCCAUGCUGCUCGAUCCAUGCAGCCCGUUCACCAUCUGAACCACGGUCCACCUCUGCACUCCCACCAAUACCCGCACACGGCCCACACCAACGCUAUGCCCCCCAGCAUGGGCUCUUCAGUCAAUGACGCUCUGAAGAGAGAUAAAGAUUCCAUUUAUGGACACCCCCUGUUCCCUCUGUUAGCACUGAUUUUUGAAAAAUGUGAACUAGCUACUUGUACCCCCCGAGAACCUGGAGUAGCAGGCGGUGAUGUGUGCUCCUCUGAGUCUUUCAAUGAAGACAUUGCAGUGUUCGCCAAACAGAUUCGUGCAGAAAAACCCCUGUUUUCCUCAAACCCGGAAUUGGACAAUUUGAUGAUCCAAGCUAUCCAAGUAUUACGAUUUCAUCUGCUGGAGUUAGAAAAGGUACACGAACUCUGCGACAAUUUCUGCCAUCGGUAUAUUAGCUGUUUGAAAGGGAAGAUGCCCAUAGACCUGGUGAUAGAGGACAGGGAAGGGGGAUCCAAGUCGGACAGCGAAGACAUGACCAGAUCGGCCACCCUCACAGACCAGGUAAGCCGAUCGGCAGAUCUCGAUCGUUUAUGGUUUCUUUUGUAUUUCUUUUGGGUCAUGUGA